AUGUCGACUGCUCAGUGCUAUGGUUGUGGCUCAUCGAACACAACUCUAAACAGACUAAAGUACAUCUCCUGUCUGCACACGCUAUGCGUUCCCUGUGUGCAAAAUAGCAUCGACUUCGACGGAUCAAUCAAGUGUCCGCAAUGUUUCUCCUCCACGCAGCUGCCUGUUGGUAUGGAGCCGCUACGGUCACUGCCAAGUGUUGUGCUCCAUGGAAAUCUGGAGCUGAGUGUAGCGGGUAAUGAUGAGAGUCAGGCGAUAUCUGCAUGCGAAGAAUGCGGAGACGAUACUGCGGCAACAAGCAGUUGUGAGAACUGCCAUGUGAGAAUGUGUGAGGCACACGCCGGCGUCCAUUCUCUGAACAAAGGAACCAAAGGGCAUAUUGUGAAACCGCUCAUCCGAAUUGCCACCUCCUCGUCUACCAUGUCUAGCUGUGCAGGAUCAACAGGCAGACCACGUGGCCAACGAAAUCCCCAGUGUGCGGUGCACUCAAAUGAAAAGUUGGAUCGAUUCUGCGUCCAAUGUAACCAGAUUCUGUGCCCAAGAUGCAAGCUGGCACCUUCACACAAACAUGAUCAUCAAGUCUUGGACAUCCCCAGUGCUGGUCAAAUGUCCCGUGACAAGCUUUCUGAAAAGCUAGCUAGCUGCACAUCCGAAUCUGAUGGUGUCAUCAACAAAGUCAUGAGAAAUGUUAGCAGGAACAUUGAAGCACUGAAUGAACAAACAGAAUGUGCUUCUGCUAAGGUCACCGACGUUAUCAAGGAGCAGGUUGAAAUAUUGAAGAAACGCGAAUCAGAUCUGUUCGCGGAGCUGGAUGCCAUGAGGUCAAAGAAGCUGAUACCACUGGAAAAGCAGCUGAAUCGCCUUCAAGAGUGUGUUGCACAAGUGGAGAGUGCUGGGCUCAUUCUGCAAUCAGGUUCGGAUGAUGUUGACCUGUUGCGUAUGUUUUCGUGGAUAGAUGGAACCUUGGACAAAGCCAUGAAAACAACAGAAGUGGAAGGGGAGCCAUGUACAGCUGACUCACUGUGGAUCAUGACCACCGUACCCUCACUGGAUACCACGAGAGAACGGGUGCCACGGAAACCAUUCAAAAUGUGA